ACAAGUAUCACUGUCAAUAGGCAGCUAACUAUAUAGCGUUGCCCAUGCUUACGAGAACGUAGGCAAAGCCCCUUGCUGCUAAUAACAACAACUGGUUAAACCUUGGCAAUGACAAUAUUUUAUACAUUUCACCACAUCUUUUAUACAUUUUAUAGACCUUGUGAGACCUGCAUAACACAACCAAUUCAGACCUACACUAUCAUUACAGCAGGUGACAUCAGUUUAAGACAUGCAUUACAAGAGGUCCGCAAUAUAAACAUGAUUUAAACUUAAACUGCAGUUUCAUCGAGUACUUCUAGGCAAGCUAACAGAAGUUUGAGAAUUGAGAGUGCCACAAACCUUUGCUUCAAUGGUUAAAGCUGUGAAAGGCUGAGUCUCAUGUUCCAGACUUGACACCAACACUCCCAGGCACCCCUGUGCGAGGUCUAACCCUUUGUUCUGAGGAUUUAUUACGGGUUUAAUUAAGUUCAACUUAACUGCUUAUUUUCUGACAUGAAGGUAGGAAGAGAAUUGGAACCGUACAUGGCACACCCCCAACCCGGACCUGACCCGUUGCUUCCAGAACACGGUGCUCGUGUGGCUGCCUUGCCUCUACCUCUGGGUGUGUGCCCCGUUCUACUUUCUAUACCUCAAAAGCCAUGAUCAGGGCUACAUAUGUAUGACCCACCUCAACAAAGCCAAGACUGCAGUUGGCUUUCUGCUGUGGAUUGUCUGCUGGGCGGAUGUUUUUUACUCUUUCUGGGAAAGAACCUAUGGUAACAGUGCCCUUGCACCUGUGUAUCUGGUCAGCCCCACCAUGCUUGGCAUCACCAUGCUUCUGGCCACUUUUCUGACCCAGUACGAGAGGAUAAAAGGGGUUCAGUCGUCAGGGGUGAUGCUCAACUUCUGGCUGGUGGCUGUCCUUUGUGCCACGGUCACCUUCAGGUCCAAGGUCCUACAGGCACUCCAAGAGCCCUCCACUAUGUGUGUGUUCAGAUACACAACCUUCUACACAUACUACACCCUGCUGCUCCUCUCCCUGCUGCUGUCAUGCCUGUCUGACCAGCCCCCCCUCUUCUGCCAGGCCGUUAAAGACACAAAUCCCUGUCCUGAAGCUGGGGCCUCCUUCCUGUCCAGAAUAAGCUUCUGGUGGAUCACUGGGCUGAUGGUGACCGGCUAUAAGCGCCCCCUGGAGGAGAAGGACCUGUGGUCUCUGAACUCAGAGGAUCGCUCCCAGCAGGUGGUUCCCCAGCUUGUACGCCGCUGGAACACAGAGUGCCAAAAGGUCAAAAGGCCGGAAGAGAAGACCCUGUACUCUCCCAAACGAGCAUCCAGGGCUGAGAAGAAAGAGGGCCGGCCUGUGGAGGAGUCUGAGAUCCUGAUUGUGAAGGCCCCCCAGAAGACAGACGAGCCCUCGCUGUUCUGGGCCCUGUGUCUUACCUUUGGCCCAUACUUUCUUAUCUCCUCCCUCUACAAGAUCAUUCAGGACAUCCUCAUGUUUGUCGGCCCUGAAAUCCUCAGGCUCCUGAUCCGCUAUGUGAAUGACUCCAGCGCCCCUUCCUGGCAGGGCUACUUCUACACCGCUCUGCUGUUUGUGUGCACAUGCGUGCAGACACUCAUCCUGCAGAAGUACUUCCACGUGUGCUUUGUCACUGGCAUGCGCCUGCGAACCGCUAUUGUGGGGGCCGUUUACCGGAAGGCCCUGGUGAUCAGUAAUGCGGCUCGGCGCACCUCCACGGUGGGUGAGAUCGUCAACCUGAUGUCUGUGGAUGCCCAGCGCUUCAUGGACCUCAUCACUUACAUCAACAUGAUAUGGUCGGCCCCACUGCAGGUCAUCCUUGCCCUCUACUUCCUCUGGCAGAACCUGGGUCCUUCUGUUCUAGCUGGAGUGGCAGUGAUGGUUCUGAUGGUACCAAUCAAUGCUGUUAUCGCCAUGAAGACUAAAACGUACCAGGUAGCCCAGAUGAAGAGCAAAGACAACCGAAUCAAGCUGAUGAAUGAAGUGCUGAAUGGGAUCAAGGUAUUGAAGCUGUACGCCUGGGAACUGGCCUUCAAGGACAAGGUGUCGGCCAUCCGGGAGAGCGAGCUGCGCGUCCUCAAGAAGACGGCCUACCUGGGCGCUGUGUCCACCUUCACCUGGGUCUGCGCCCCAUUUCUGGUGGCUCUCUCUACCUUCACCGUGUACGUGCUGAUUGACGAGAAGAAUGUGCUGGAUGCCCAGAAGGCCUUUGUGUCUCUGGCACUCUUCAACAUCCUGCGCUUCCCCCUCAACAUGCUGCCCAUGGUCAUCAGCAGCAUGGUGCAGGCGAGCGUGUCCAUGAAGCGUCUGCGUGUGUUUCUCUCUCACGAAGAGCUGCAGGCGGACAGUGUGGAGCGCAGGCCUACUGUAGGCUCCUGUAACAGUGUUUCCAUUGUGAAUGGGGUGUUUAGCUGGUCCAGAAAUGAAACUCCCUCACUAAAAAGAUUGAAUGUGUGUAUCCCCGAGGGGUCUCUGGUGGCUGUGGUUGGCCAUGUGGGCUCAGGGAAAUCCUCGCUGCUCUCUGCCAUGCUGGGAGAGAUGGAGAAACUGGAGGGCACGGUAUCUGUCAAGGGCUCGGUGGCUUAUGUUCCCCAGCAGGCCUGGAUCCAGAACGCCACUCUGAAAGACAACAUCAUGUUUGGUCAAGAGAGGAAAGAGAGCUGGUACCACAGGGUGAUGGAGGCCUGCGCCCUCCUGCCAGACCUGGAGAUUUUGCCUGCUGGAGACAGCACUGAGAUUGGGGAGAAGGGAGUUAACCUAUCAGGAGGCCAGAAACAGAGGGUGAGUCUGGCCAGGGCGGUCUACUGUGACUGCGCCAUCUACCUGUUGGACGACCCACUGUCAGCGGUUGAUGCACAUGUUGGGAAGCACAUCUUCGAGAAGGUCAUUGGCCCACACGGAGUUCUCAAGGGCAGGACUCGUGUGCUGGUGACCCACGGUCUGGGCUACCUCCCCCAGGCUGACUUGAUCCUAGUGAUGGUGGAGGGAGAGAUCACAGAGAUGGGCUCCUACCUGCAGCUGAUGGGGAGGGAUGGAGCUUUCGCAGAGUUCCUGCGCACCUACGCCAACGCUGAGCACGGCGAGGAUGACAGCGUAGACAAUGCACCAAAGAAAACUAUGGAGAACGGUGUUCCUGCUACUACUAUUGGUCAGAACAGCUCAACCAUCAGUAAAACCACCCACAAGGCCGAGGGAGAAGAGGUACUAGGGAAGAAGGCCAAGAAUGCCGAGGUCGGUAAACUGACUGAGGCUGAUAAGGCCAACACGGGACGGGUGAAGCUGUCUGUGUUCUGGGAGUACAUGAAGGCCAUCGGUGUGCUGCUCUCUUGCAUCAGCAUUGUGCUAUUCUUCAGCCACCACAUGGCCUCGCUCUUCUCCAACUACUGGCUUAGCCUAUGGACUGAUGACCCCGUUGUCAAUGGAACACAGCCCAACCGACAGAUGAGGCUAGGGGUGUAUGGAGCCCUGGGUGUCUCUCAAGGGGUUGCCGUGUUCUGUUACUCCAUCUCGGUGUCCAUCGGAGGCAUCCUGGCGUCACGCUACCUCCACCAGAACAUGCUAUACAAUGUACUCCGCUCACCCAUGGCCUUCUUCGAGCGCACACCCAGCGGCAACCUGGUCAACCGCUUCGCCAAGGAGACGGACACCAUUGACGCGGUUAUCCCCAGCAUCAUCAAGAUGUUCAUGGGCUCCAUGUUCAAUGUGAUGGGCUCCUGCGUGGUCAUUCUCAUUGCGACACCGCUCGUGGCCAUCAUCAUCCCCCCGCUGGGACUGCUGUAUUUCUUUGUGCAGAGGUUCUACGUGGCAUCAUCCCGCCAACUGAAACGACUGGAAUCAGUGAGCCGUUCGCCGGUCUACACCCACUUUAACGAGACCCUGCUAGGAACCAGCGUCAUCCGGGCCUUUGGUGAGCAGGAGCGCUUCAUCCGCGAAAGUGACGAACGCGUUGACCAUAACCAGAAGGCGUACUACCCCAGCAUCGUGGCUAACCGUUGGCUGGCAGUGCGUCUUGAGUUCGUAGGAAACUGCAUUGUGACCUUCGCAGCCCUCUUCGCCGUCAUGGCUCGGGAGAGCCUUAGCCCAGGAAUCAUGGGAUUGUCCAUAUCUUAUGCACUGCAGCUGACUGCCUCUCUAACUUGGCUGGUGAGGAUGUCCUCAGACCUGGAGACCAACAUUGUUGCUGUGGAGAAAGUGCAAGAAUACAGCGACACAGAGAAAGAGGCUGAAUGGAAGAACGAACAGUCAACCCUGCCUCCAGGCUGGCCUACGGCAGGACACAUCCAGAUCAGGGACUUUGGCCUGAGAUACAGGGAGGAUCAGGAGCUGGCCAUCCGCAACAUCACUGUCACCAUCCACGGAGGAGAGAAGGUUGGCAUAGUCGGGCGGACGGGAGCCGGCAAGUCCUCUCUGACCCUGGGUCUCUUCCGCAUCAUCGAAGCCUCCCAGGGAGAGAUCUACAUUGACGGGGUCAACAUCGCUCAGCUGGGCCUGCAUGAGCUGAGAUCCAGGAUCACCAUCAUACCACAGGACCCAGUUCUGUUUUCUGGGUCUCUGAGGAUGAAUCUGGACCCCUUCGACUGCUACUCGGAUGAGGAGGUGUGGAAAUCCUUGGAGCUGUCUCACCUCAAGAGCUUUGUGUCAGGCCUGCCAGACAAGCUUAACCACGAGUGCUCCGAGGGAGGAGAGAAUCUCAGUCUGGGUCAGUGCCAGCUGGUGUGUCUGGCCCGAGCACUCCUGAGGAAGACCAAAAUCCUGGUUCUGGACGAGGCCACAGCUGCUGUUGACUUGGAGACGGACAACUUGAUCCAGUCCACCAUCCGCACCCAGUUUGAGGACUGCACUGUCUUGACCAUCGCUCACAGACUCAACACCAUCAUGGACUACACCAGGGUCCUGGUCUUAGAUAAGGGGAAGAUGGCCGAGUUUGACUCUCCCUCCACCCUCAUCUCAAAGAGAGGGAUCUUCUACAGGAUGGCCAAAGACUCUGGACUGGUUUGACUUUUGCCCCGAAGAACUUAUUGCAUUGCUCCCUCACCCAAGUGUGUGUAUGUUCUGUGUAACUGGGAAUUUUGUCUCAUAACCACGCUUCUUUAUUCCCUAAAGAUUCUUGAAAGGUUUCACCCCAAAUGCUGCUUUAGUGGGAUGUUUUUUUUCUUCCUGUUUUUUCACAUCCUGCUCCUUUUAUGGGGGACUUUUGAGAUAAAUGCCCCAUCUUGAUUGCCAUUGUAGAGUUGAACAUUUUUAUUUGUCCUGUGAAACGGACUUUGGGACAAAGGAGAAUAAGUAACAGAACAUUUGACAUAUUUUUUUAUUUAUUUGACAGUGUGCAAUGUUGUUCCUUACAAUAAAUGAGGGUGAUAUCUGUCCAAUCAUCUCUUUAGUAGAGUUGGAUAUUUAAUUUAAAUUCUUUACUUUAUUUUGUGUCACGCCUGCCACCUUCUCUAUAGCGGAGAGAGGUCACAACCCACAGUGGUGACUAUUGACCUCAAUCUCAGGGGACUUGAAAUAGACACUGCCUUCCUUAGACAUGACUUAGUGCUACUACAAUCUCCCCCCCCCACUACAAUCCCCCCCCCCCGCCUCCCCCCCCACACACACACAGACAAGCUAUACCGUUUACAGUGAGUAAUCAUAUUCAACCCUUAACAGUAAAACCUAUUAAGAAGACCUGUACAGGGAUAGGGGCUACAGCAGGUGUCACUUUUGGACUGAGCCAAAGUGUAUUUCUUUUAGAGUACUACUUCUUCUCAGGUGCUCUUAGAUUGUUGGAGGAGCCUCCUUUAGCCUGUUCCAACUGUACCCCCUAAAUGUGUCCUUCACUUUCUUCUCUCCUUGUCUGAAGUAAGCAAGCGGUAUAGGAUUGGCUGAAAACCAUAUUCUAUUGUAGACGAACUAGUGAUUGAGGAAGAAAGAAAGUUAACCAUCCUUUUGCAGGGUUCUAAAAAUGUGUGGUCUACAAAGACUAUCGGCUGUCUGUUUUACACUUUUGUUUCUCUUUCAGCACUUUAUUUCAUGGAUUUCUCAUAGCCAUUGAUUAGGUCAAGCGAUCCUCUUGCCUGUUAGUCCAGGUGAAUUAUAGUCAUGUAAAUUCUGGUAUCAAGAUAAUUGGUUGAUCCAUCCAACAGUCCGUUCUUCAGGGCUGGUUUUGUAGUCCUAAUGUGCUGUUCAAAUUGACACACAUUUACUUUAGUAGGUUGUGUUUGACCACUGGAGCUAUAGGGCUUUAUAUUGUUGCUGCGUAUGCUGUGCAAACUAGGUCACGUUAGUCAUAGAUAGAAACACAAUAUUUGAGCAUAAUUAUUUAAAGGUGUGUCAGGGUAGAAAAUCCAGGAAUAUUAAGGGUGUGUCUUAUUCUGGAUUAGAGCAUGCAUGUUUACAUUUAUACACUGUUUACUAUGAAACACACACAAACACACAAUAUCCCCUUGUCUCCUCCGCUAUGCUCCAGUGUCUAGGCAGACACGUUUUUGUUCAGUGGUCAAUUCCAAAGUCACAGAGCUCUACACACUUUCUUCCGUCUUGGCUACCGAUGACGAUGUUUGGUGACACAAAGCGACAAAAUUGCUGCCAUUGGAUAUCAACAGAUGUGGAAGAAAACUGUUCUUUACUCUAGUUUUUUUUCUUUUUGGAGUUUUAUUCGAAAGAACAACUUUUUGUCUGUGUAUCCCAGAACAUAGAAUGGCAAACCGUUUGGGGGGGAAAAAUCUAGAAAAUACCUGUGUUGUUACAAAUGUUUAUAUAAUUUGUAAGUAUAUGGAUAUAAUUAAUAUUUGAUAUUUGUGUACAUGCACUAGUUUUUAAGUGUGAUUUUUCUUAACAAAUCUAAACGUGUUAAAAGGAAAAUAAAUGAUUUUUGUUGACCUGUU